CGCUGUUGGCUCCAUGCGGGUCAGGAUGAUUAAUAACAGAGUUAUCUCCUCCUGGGCAGGAGUCAGGAGGAAGUGGAGCCUCGCGUCUGGACUUCCCUGCCAUUGAGUCGAUUCGGUCCGCCGAGCUCACCUGGACCAACGCAGGCUGGCAGUGACUAAAGGUCGCUCUAGUUUCAGUCGUAACUCCUCGCCGAGCCGCUUUCGUUCGACAAAAGGCCGCUUUCGUCCUGUCAAACCUGCUGUUGUGGGGAUUUAAAGGAAAUUUUUAAAGCGCACACUUCCGCGUGAGCGUCAUUUAUUUGACCAACAACUUGUUAAAUUCAACCUCCCUCAUCGCGGAGAGGCGACCUGACGGGACCAUGGAGCCCAAAGCAGCGAGCAAGGACCGGUUCUUCAUCGUCAUCCGCGGGAAGUCGCGGAGGGGCUUCUGCCGCGGCUGCAUCGGGCGCGUGGAGGUGGAGACGGCGCGCGGGGAGCUGACGGGGCUCGUGUACGGCUGCGGCUCCAACGCCGGGAGCCCCAAGCACGGGGGCUCGGUGAAGGUGGAGGACGCGUACCCGCUGACCCGGCACCAGGCCCAGCUGCUGCUCUACGUCUCCAGCCCCAGCAGGCGCCUGGAGCUGCUGUGCAACCCGCAGCUGUUUUCGGCCAUCUGCGAGCUGACCCCGGGCGACCUGGUGGUGAUCAGGUACAAGAAGGGCCACGUUCCCGGGGUGGUGAAGAACCUGAUGCAGAUCGGGAAGAAGGAGAGCAAGGACGACCUGAACAUGCUGGGCUUCCAGGUGGAAUUUGUGGACUCCGAAGACAACCUGCAGCCCAAACAGCUUGGACCGCUUCCAAUUUUCACCGCCUCAGACAUCAUCCAGGUGGUACCGUCUUACUCCGUCCCCCUGGGCCUGCAGUACAGAGACCUCAAAAGAGGCGGCUCACCUGGGAAAAUGGUGAUGCGCAUCAACUCCAUGCCAAGUAUCGGGACGAGCAGAAGACAAGUCACCGACGGCCAAUCGGAGCGAAGCGUCGUCGCAGACCGGACGCAGAGGGAGCCUCCAGUCCCUCUAGAGGUCGGCUCUUUGGUGGAGGUCGUCAACAACGCAGGGGUCACGGUGUACGGAGUGAUCCGGUGGUUAGGGAUCUUAGAUGGGAAGACGAAUACAUGGGCCGGGGUUGAGCUGGACUAUGAAGUGACGGGCUGCUCUGACGGCGUGUACAAAGAUCAGCGGUACUUCACCUGCAAGGGGAACUGCGCUUUGUUUAUUCCCGUUACAAAAUGCAGCCCGGACAGCCGGUUCCUCUGCUCCUCCACGGAACCAGAGACGUUCAAGACCACAGAAAUCCCUCCAGUUCCUGCAUAUGAAGAGUCGGAGGAAGACGCGCCGCCUGUCCCCGAAUCGGAGGCAGCGUCGCUGUUCGUGGGGAAGAUGAAGGGCAUACAAGGUCAUAUCAACUCAUGCUACCUGGAUGCUACACUUUUCAGUUUGUUUAGUUCAUCUGUGACUGUGGAUGCCAUCUGCAACAAACCGGCUGACAAAGAGCAACCAAUAGCCUGCAUCCUGAAAUCCAUAGUCAAUCGCUUGCGCAGACAAGGCUUCGUGCCAGCACAGAGUGUGAUGAACUUCCGGAAGAAACUUGGCUGUGAGACUUUCAGCAAAAACGAAAAAGAUCCAGAGGAGUUCAUUUCAGUGCUGUUUCAGAAAGUGCUCUGCAUCGAGCCGCUGCUGAAGCUCCGGUCGGAGGGAGGAAGCUCUCACGGAGCCUACACACUCCAGAUCUUUCUGGAAAAGGAGCAGAUUGGCCAGACGCCCACCGUCCAACAGCUGCUGGACACGUCCUGCAUGUCGGGCGACGUCAAAUUCGAAACAAUGCCGUCUUGCCUCAUAAUCCAGAUGCCAAGGUGUGGAAGCAAGUACAAGAUGUUUUCUCACAUCAUUCCGUCCACUGAGCUGGACGUCACAGAUCUCCUGUACAACUCUCCAAGAGAAUGUUUCAUCUGCGGAGAGAUGGCAAAGUUCGAGUGUCUCCAGUGUUUGCCAGACCAUAAACUGCAGCCAGGAAGAAUCAAGCAGUACUGCAGCACCUGCAACACCCAGGUACACACCCAUCGGUCGCGGUGCAGCCACUCUCCCAAAACGCUGGCUGUGCCUGAAGGCGUAGCCAGUGAUGCUCCUCUGCCGAGGCGCAACAUGCAGCUGUUUGGUGUGCUUUGCAUUCACACCAGCCAUUUUGUGUCCUUUGUCAAAUACGGCCCUGAUUCCCACUCUUGGCUCUUCUUUGACAGCAUGGCGGACAGACAUGGCGACGACGAGAAGGGCUACAGCGUUCCCGAGGUCCGAGCUUGUCCCGAGCUUGGCGACUUCCUGGGCCAGCCGGAGGAGGAGCUGACCCGGGCGAAUCCGGCUCUCUCGCCGGAGCUGGUCCGCAGGCUGCUUUGCGACUCCUACAUGUAUUUAUACCACAGCCCAGAUAUGUCGGUCUUGUAGCCAAGCGACGAGGAACCGAAGAUCCGUCUGAGCGCAAGAACGCCGUGUUCCACAACAACAGCCUGAUCGACUUUUCUGCACUUUAUUGCAUCCAGGCAGCGGGAACUGAAGUGGAUGCUUGGAACUUCCUUGAAGAUGGAAAAUGCAGUUCAGAUGUUUGAACUUAAUAAAUAGGUCACGCUCGAAGCUGAUGUGGAGUUUUGUUUGAGAUGAAGUGAGCUCUAAAAGUCACAGAGCAAUGUGACAUUGUUUUUACCUUUUAAUUGUGUCAGAGUUGUACUUUUUAUCAGUGAAGAUGCCUUUGGAAAAUCCUCUUUCAGGCAAUUGAAUCACUUAAAUGGCCUCUUCUGAUGGGACCUCAUGUUAAGUUACCCAAAGACAAUUGUAUUUUGUGCUGUUUUUUUUUUUUUUUUUGCCCACAAAUGUACAUAAGUGAAUAUAAGACUCUUAAAAUUUGAACUUCUGCAUUUAAGACUCUUUGUCUUUCAUACAAAAUCCAAGCAGGUACAUUUUAGAAGUAUUCCAGAAUGUAUUAAUCACACUUAAAAAGCACUUUGCAUAUUAGGGAAUGAAACUUUAGUGUUUGAUGGACUACUCUUUAUUCAUAGUAGAAUUAUAGAGUAAAUCGUGAGAGUUUUGGAGAAUCAGAACAGAAUAACUUUAAACUCAUUUUAGCAGCCCUCUGCCUCCCUCUUGUGGACAGAAUUAUGUUUGCAAGACCGAUUAUUACCACAUCCAACUGUGGAUCAGUAUUUUAAACCAGUCCUAAUCAUGAUUCUACAGUCAAAUUUAGUUUAGUUUGAUAGAAAUUUAUUUAAAGAUUGUAAAGUUUUUUGUUUUCAAUUGCUUUGUUGAAAAAAAAAAAAAGAAUAAAGAAACAAGGCAUCUUGGGCUUUCA